UGUGUGUGUACGCGCGUGCCCGCGAGUGCAUUGUAGUCUAGUUUUGUCUGGGUAUGUCUUUUAGUCUGGGGACUUUCGAAAGCUUGGCCAGCUAGUAGCAAUGUCAAUUGCUCAUGGAGGUCCGGGCAUGCCAUUUAUAACUAAGACAAUGUUUGAGUACAUCUAUGGGAAAGAAAUUAGAGAGCUGUCUAUUUCUCCACUUGACAUUCCUGACAAUGACAUUGCCACCAUUGCAAAAGAGCUUCAAGAGACUAGUGAUGGUCAAUUUGUUGAUGCUAUAAGCCAGGAGACUGUCCUGGAUGUGUUGACAAAUGCUGGAUGCACUUCUCUUCAUCAAAAGGACAAAGAGAGCAUUUUGCGUAUGCUCUGUCUCCAUCAUUGCCUUUUUGCAGUGAAAGGCGAAAUCGACCAGCUAUGCGAAGGCAUGGCAAAUUUAGGGGUACUAGACAAAAUUAGAUCAGCACCAGUGAUGUUUGCAGGUUUUUUUUGGGAAAAAGAUGAAGAAGUAACUGCUGAGUAUAUAAGAGACUUGUUUGAAAAGAAAGUGUUUUCAGAACAAGCAACCAACGAUAGAGAAAGAGAAGAAGCUACCUUCUUAUAUUUUUUUGAUUUUCUGGAUGAAUGCCAAAGUGGCAAGCUUGAUGUUACUUUGAAGGACGUAAUGAUCUUCUUUUCAGGAUCUAAUGAAGUUCCUGCUGUUAAAUUUUCUCCAGCUCCCUCUUUGCAUUUCAAUAAGGACAACUUGUAUCCAACAGCUUCCACUUGUUCUCUCGAGUUAGUCUUACCAUCUAAGUACUACAGCUAUAAAGAUUUUAAGAAGAGCAUGACCACUGGGCUCUUGUGCCAUGGUGGAUUUGGGAAAAACUAGAACUUAUCUUUAGCAGCGUUUUUGACGUUUCAUUUCUAUAAGCAUGCAUUUAUUUAUAUGCUAUAUAGCAUGCUUUCCCACAAUUAUUAAGUUUUGCCGCUGUUCUAGCUUGAUAUUUAAAGCUGUUGCCUUAGUAGCCUGACGUAAAUACCUGGUGAACAAAGAG